AGAACGUAUCUUCGAACUAGAACGCCGAGGGCAGAACAAUUGUGUUUUGGAUUCCUUGCCGUGCGGAUCGCAAACGCGAGUUAUGAGAAGAGCGUAGUAAAACGUACGAAGUAGCUUAAAAGAAGACUAAAAAAGAAAUAGCCAGCCAAACAACAACACACAAACGUUUAGUGCUUACACAUUAUUUUUUUAACUGUGUUUUGAAUAAAUGCAUAUAUAAAGAUAUUUUUUGAAAAAAAAGAGGAAUUUUAAAAGUGAUUUUCAGUCGAUUUUUAUCAUUCAUAUAAACUCCAAAAGUAUCUGUGUGGCGAGUGUUUGUGUGCGUCUGUGUGCGAGUCGACGUCGACGUCGCUGCUUUGGGGACAGAGCUGCCAGAUCGCGAGUUAUGAAAGCGCAAGCGUCGCACGCAAGUAGCAACAACAGCUACAACAAAAGCACAUAACACUACUUACUACCUACAACAAGAGCAACACACUUUUAUACUACAUUUUUUGUUUGCCACAACAAAGUAUAUAUAUACUUUACAAAGAAGAAUUGUUCAGAAGAAAAACUGAAUAAAGAACACUUAAAAAACAGUCAAAAAACCAUAAUGGAUAGCAGCAGCAGCGAACAGCUAAACGGCUCUGGAGCUUUGAGUUUCAAACGGCCCAAGGAUUCUUCAGAGAAUUCCACAAGUAAUAACAAUUCUUCUGGCAGUCCCAAAAUGGGCAGUCGCCGCAUUUUUACGCCACAUUUUAAACUGCAAGUUUUGGAAUCGUAUCGCAAUGAUAACGAUUGCAAGGGCAAUCAAAGGGCCACGGCCAGGAAAUACAAUAUACACCGCCGGCAAAUACAAAAAUGGUUGCAAUGCGAAUCAAACUUGCGCUCUUCAGUGGCCAACAAUCAGCAGCAGCAACAGCAACAGCAGCAACAACAACAGCAACAACAACAACAGCAGCAACUUCUCCCGCAGCAAUCGGUAUCACCGACACCGGCAGUCAAGGUGUUCCAUCAGUUGAAUCAUCCGUUGGUACAUCAGCUCCAUCAUCAUCAUGCCGCAUCUGUUGGGCAUGGACAUCAUCAUGCUGCUGCCCAUCAUCAUGUCGCUGCCCAUCACCAUGCCGCCCAUCAUCAUCAUGCAGCAGCAGCAGCGGCGGCAGCUGCAGCGGCGGCAGCUGCAGCAGCGGCCCAUCAUCAUGCCGCCCAUCAUUUGUUGGCGACCAAUGGCAUGGUGCCACACCCCCUGGCCGCCCAUCCACAUUUACAUGUCCCGGUGGCAAUGCAUCCACAACUGCAUCAUCAAAAGGAGCAGCAGCAGUUGCAGCAGGAGCAGCAACAGGAGCCACAAGCAGCUGGAAAUAUUGCCUCAAAUUGCAGCAGUCAAGGAUCCUCUAAUGUCCUUUCCGCAGCAAAAAUUGCCGCUGUUGUUGCCGCCGCCAUGGCCACUACUAGCAAUGGCAAUUCCACACCAACAGCAAUCCCCGCCAGCAGCAGCAGCAGCAGCAGCAACAGCAACAACAGUAGUUGUAACAACAGCAAUAAUAGCAGCAACUGCAACAGCAACCAAGUGCCAAUACAAGUGCCAAUUCUGAGCGGUUCCCCGGGAUCCUCGUCAUCAGCCAGUCACAUUCCACACAUGCCCUAUGCAUACCAUCAUCAUCAUCAUCCACAUCAUAACCAUGGCUAUCUGGAGAAUCGUUUGGAGGCCGUAGCCACACCUGCACCCAUGGAUUUAUCUCUCGGAUCCUCUGCCCGUCGUCAAAUGCAAUUGAACGAGAAGGAUCCAUCGGGCGUGGAUCUCACUUUCCGCAAACGUAAGGUCAUCACCAAUCCUAUGCAACCCGAUAAGAUUAGUAAGCUAGAGGAAGUGAUCAAGAAGGAACCCGAAACGGAAACGGAAAACGAGGAUGUCGAAGUGGAUGUGGAAACAGAGCAGCCAGAAGAGCGCAAAGUGCCCUCCAAACAGGUCAAGCUAUUCAAGCCCUAUUUACUGGACGAUGAUGAGGAGCAGGAACAUCGCCAGCAGCAGCAAGAGGAUUUGGAUGAGGGAGCUGGCGAGGAUGAACACGAAGAUGAUGACGAAUACCGUGAUGCCGAUGACGAUGAAGUAGACUCCAAGGAUGCGGCUGACAAGAAGCAACGUCGUCUCAAAAAGAAACCAGCGGUAAUCAACGAACAAAGGGAUCCCAUUAUCUGGAGCAAUCAUCCAUAUCCUGGAGGUUGUCUAUCGCCUGGUAGUUCUACCACUAGCUUUCAAUGCCCCAGCACUAUGCAACAGCAACAGCAGACAUUUCCCGUCGGCGGCGGGAGUCCUAAUCAGCAAUUUCAGGAUAACUGCAGCUCAAGCAAAGCCACCUCGCCCCUUAGCCCAUUCUCGGCGCCCGCCCUCUCGCCCACCGGUUUCUGUUGCCCCAAAGGAUCGCCCGUUUCCGGUUACGAGAGCAGCUCAUCCACCUACAGCGACAGCGGCAGCAACUACAGUCUCAAUCUCCAGCUGCAUGCCGUCUACAACGACAAUCUGAUGUAUAUGCAGCAGCAGCAGCAGCAACAGCAGCAGCAACAGCAGCAACAUCAACUGCAACAUCAGCAACACCUGCAACGCUGGCUGGAUCAGGAGUCUUUAACGAAUGCGAGGAGCACAUCCGUGAAUCGACCACUAAUCCUUGUGGCGGAUACUGCGCCCGCAAACAUGACCCUGGUGGCCUAAAGAACACAACAAAUACACAACACACACACACACACAAUAGCAACUAAGCAAGCAGCAAUCCCACCAAUCGGAUGUUAUAAUGGCAGUCACUGGGCCUGGCCUUUUAGUUCCCUAAGCCAUAUUUAAGUUUAAAAAAAAGCGUUUUUUUUUCUUGUCUUCUAGCUUUACCAACUAAGUUUAUUUUAUAUAUAUUAAAUUCUACACUUUAAGCGCUAGCGAGAGAGAGAGAAAGAAAGCGAAAACAUAUAUCUUCCAAGCAUAUCAGCAAAAACAAAAAAACUCCCCAACCUUAGGUUAAAGAUUAUUAUUUUUUUUUUUUUGGAUACCUUCUAAGAACAAAGUUAAAGCUUAAGUUUAGUUAUUCCCUUUUUUCCUUUUUUAAUUAGAAUGUGUAAAUAAUAUUGUACAAAACAAAAGGAAAAGGGAAUACUAAAACAAGGCGAAACAAUUUAAUUUAACUUAAGAAUUUCAACGCUAAAUUUAAUUUGUAAAAGAUGAGGGGCAAGGGGGAUUGUGUGAAGUAAAUAGGAGAGAAAAAUGUGAAAACUGCAACUGGAAAAACUGAGAAAAUUGUUAAGAGUAAAGCUUUAAAAAUGAAACAAAAUACAAACACACACACAUACACCUUUACAAUAAACACACACACACACAUAUAUAAAUAUUUUUUUUUUU